AUGGAAAAAAAAUUGGAAGACUACUUUCGAACCUUCUUUGAAGAAAAACUCUUGGUCAAAAUACCAGACCGAGCAACCUUAUCUGCAACAAGUGCCACUCUGUUAUUGGAGAAAAGACGAGAAUUGGCUGAGGUGGAAGUGGAUCUUGCUAAUCAAAGGGAGGAGUUCCAAGUGAAACUCAGAGUCUUGAAGCAGAGAAGAGAAGAACUAAUGAAGAAAGAAGACGAGCUGAAACAGUCCGUACAGAAAUUUGACAAAUUCUUAAAGGAAAAUGAUGCCAAACGAAUCAGAGCUAAGAACAAACGAGUUACUGAAACUGAACUAAUAAAACAGAAAGAAAGAGAUAUUCUGAAACUACAAAUGGAACUGGAUUCUCUGAUCGAGGAGAGAGAAAAUCUAAAGAAGAAAGUGGAGGCUCAUAUCAUUUAUCCAAAAUUUUUGGAGAAAGUAAUAAAAAUAUCAAGUGAGUUUCAGAAUAUCAGAAUGGUGAAUAAUCGUUUUGAGGCUUUGUUUCAUACAUACGACUUGCUAUUCCGAAGAUACCAGGAAAACCAAGAAAUCAUAAAGACAAUUAAGUCCAAUCUAAAUAACUUCAUAACAGAUAAAAACAAUGAAAAUAUGAAAUACCAGAAUAUGCUGGCAUCACUGAAAAUUCGUCUGGAAGCAGCCAAGUCUAAAACCGUAAAAUGGGAAUCCACAUGGGUACAUAUCCAAAGUACAGCAGCAAAAAGGACUCUUAAUUUGGGUAUGGCAAAAAUGGCCAUUUUUAACCUUUAUGCACAUGUAAAAAACACAGACGUGGAUUUUGACACUGUAACAGAAGACACAGAUGCACAGCUUAGUACAAUACAAGAAUACAUUAUGGAAUUGAAAGAGAUUAUACAUGAUUUCAAGAGAAUUGAAAAUAGUUAG